AUGAAACUUGAAGUUGAUGAAGAAACUGGAAGAUUUAAGCGGAUUUUCAUCUGUUUCGGUGCUUGCAAGCAUAACUAUAGGUAUCUCAGGCCCAUGAUUUACUUGGAUGCUACUUUCCUCAUUGGUAGAUUCAGGGGUACUUUGAUGGCUGCAACAUGUGUCAAUGGAAAUGAUGAUUUUUACCCAUAUGCCUUUGCUGUUGUUUUAUCUGAAAACAAAGAAAAUUGGUUUUGGUUUCUGGAUAAUCUUCAACAAGUGGUCGAUGAUCGUCCGAUUGUUUUCCUUAGUGAUCGUCAUGAAGGACUUUUGCAGGGCAUUUCAAGAGCAUUUCCUGGUUCAUAUCACAGCUAUUGCUUUUACCACAUCAAGUGCAAUCUCCCUAUUGGAAAAGGUGAUGCGAAUUACAAUGUCGUUAUUGAUUUGUUUUACAAAGCUGCUUACUCUUACACAUCAACGAACUUUGAAGAAGCUUUGCGGGGCAUGCAUGCAAUUGGUUGUGGACAUGUUGCUAAUUAUCUCAGGACCAUUCUAAAGGAGAAAUGGGCAAAUGUAUUUUUCCAUGUAUGCAGAUAUGCUGCUCACUCUUCAUCUAUUGCCGAGUCAUUCAAUAACUGGAUUCUUGAGUUCAAAAAGCUGCCUGCUUUUGCUCUUCUCGAUGCGAUACAUUUGAAGGUUAUGCAGAUGAAUUCUAAGAGAAGGGUAGAAGGUCUUAAAAAUUUUAACACUAGGCUCACUCCCGUAUACGAGGAUUUACUAAACGAGAACAUCAACAUUGGUCGUACUUGGACUGUUGUUGAAUCUAUGGAAAUAUUGUAUGAAGUCAGGUUUCCCCGCACUCAUUCUGUAGAUAUGUUGGAGAGAACUUGUACGUGUCACAGGUGGCAAGUAAAUGGUUUUCCCUGCACACAUGCUUGUGCUGCCAUUCAAUCUACAAGGGAGGACAUCUAUUCAUUUGUUGAGCCAUACUUCACCACUGAAUGGUACAACAGGACAUACCAAGAGAUCAUCUUGCCAAUCCCCAAUUAUGACAAGCCACAGUCUUAUGAUCCAAGUGAUAGGAUUAUUGUUCCUAUUCCUGUGCCUCCACCCGGUAGACGAAGAGAACAGCGUUUCAAGAAGGCUUGGGAGAAGCAAAAGAGGCCUAUGAUGGGCACAAAGUGCUUCACUCUUGGUCACCACAACAGAGCUACCUGCCCCAUGCCUUGA